AUUUCUCUCCUCACUCGCCAUUUCUCCUCCAAAUCAAUGGAUACUGCUAUGAAGAAGAGGGUUGAGGACAUAAAUCCAAUUGCCACAAGGCACGAGUGUGAGGAGCUUGAAGCUAAACUUCAGGGGCAGAUAAUUCUUGAAGAUUUUAACAAUCCUGUUGGUCUUUUUGGCACAAAGGAAGCUCUUGCAGUCAUCAAAUCCUUCUAUGACAAGAGAAUAGUUGGGUGCCCAGGAGCUGAAGGUGAGGAUGAGCAUGAUGUUGUUUGGUUUUGGCUGGAGAAAGGCAAGCCACAUGAGUGUCCAGUGUGCUCACAGUACUUUGUGCUGGAAUUAGUGGGCCCUGGGUUUGUCUCAAACCCACCCUUUUGCCCUCAAAUCCCAAAUCCCCCCUCAUUCACCUAGUAGAAUCUGUAAAAAUCACCAAGACAUGAAGGAAGAGGAAGCGAGGGAAGAGGUGGCAUACGUAUGUAUUUUGGCUUGCGGUAACCAAGCUCUUCUGUCAACUACUAGUCAUAAUGGUCAGCAGCUUCCUUAUCGUAAUCCUUAUCAAGCACAAAACCAUAACCCAAAUCCAUUAUAUGAAGAGGAUUCAUCCUUGUUGAUGCCCAACCUUGCAGGCCCCAUAAUGACUGGAUUCCACCAUCCAAUGGUUGGAAUAUUUGGUGAGAUGGUUUAUGUAGGGGUGUUUGGGAACUCUGAAAGCUUAUACACAUACCUAAAUUCAUACUACUUGAUGGGGAAUAGCAGUCCCAGGCUAAGAAGACAGGAGAUGCAGGCAGACAAGUCACUCAAUAGAAUUUCGAUUUUCUUGUUUUGUUGCUUUCUUUUGUGCCUAAUUGUAUUUUGAGAUUAGGCUAUUUGUUUGUAUAUUAGUAUGGAAGAAGCUCUGAUGUUAUAUAAUAUUAUUAUUAAUGGCCAAUGUGUAUGUAUUUUGGCUCUGUGGAUUUAUGGGAUGAACUAUUUAGUAUAUGAUAAGAUUAAAACAAACCUAGAUCU